AUGUAUUUGUGGCUUAAACUUUUGGCAUUUGGCUUUGCCUUUCUGGAUACAGGAGUGUUUGUUACAGGAGAAUCCCCUUCUUCCACUCUUGGACUGAACUCAACAGAAAACCCCAGUGCUCUGACUCCAGGCGACCCUUUACCUGCCCGCACCAUUGCAUUCUCACUCCCAAGCAUCUCUGAAAGAGAAAAUAACUCCUCAGAGACCACACCUCCUCUUAAUCCAGACAAUACUUCAACUGAAAGAUCCCGGAGCCCUUUGGAUAAUGCUAAUACUCUUACUGUGACAGGUGUUACACAGCCGCCUCUCCACCCCACGCACGCAGACUCGCAGGCGCCCUCUGACGGAUCUGACCCGCAGACACCCAGCAACACUGCUGCCCUUCCCCCACGCACCCCUGCUCCGGGUGGGAAUGACACUGCAGGCUUCCCAGGAGAGCGGAUUACACCCAGCAUCUUCCGCGUAGACACAGCUUUCACACCAGUAGCCACCCUCAGCCCUGCACACAGCAGCUCUGCUGCCUUACCCUCUCUCAUCUCCAACACCACCGCCAAUGAUAACGCCUCAGAUGUGACUCUUACGUCCACUUCACCUGCAACAAGCAUUACCCAUAAAACUGCUCCCACAGCAAUAGGUGACAAUCUUACCUUUAGCCAUGAAGUCAUACCAUUUCCUACUACACCUAAGCAAUCAUGUGAUGAGAAGUAUGCACAUAUCCCUGUGAAAUAUCAUUAUGAUAAUGAAACCAAGUCAUUUAAGGCAAAACUAAAUGUUAGUGAUGAUGUGAUUUGUAAAAAUGCCUCAUGUCCAAACAAAGAGAUCAACGACCUACCAGAAUGUGAAAAUACUAAUGUUACUAUAAGUCAUAAUUCAUGUCAUAUUCCAAAUAAAAUUUUAAACUUGGAGGUACCACCAGGUCCUGAAGGCUUUAAUUUGAAAGAUUGUACAGAGGAUGUUAAAGCAAAUACUUCUAUUUAUUUAAAAGUAGAAGAAAACAAAAACUUUACUUGUGAUAAAAAUAAAAUUAGAUACAUAUUUCAAUGUGGUAAGAAUAUAGCUUUGAUUAAAGUAUUUUUAUGUUUACAAGCAUUCUAUGGUGACCAUAUGUUUUUGCACAUAAAUAAAACUGUUCAAACAGAUAUUGGAAGUCCAGGCUUACCUCAGAAUUUUACGUGCAGUAAUGAAAGUGCAAAUGACAUAACGCUCACCUGGAAACCGCCUCAAGAUUUUUUUCAUAAUUAUAGUCUUUGCUAUAAGAAAGAUUCUGCAGACCCAAAAUGCGAUGAACUGGAUAAAGAGAACACUCGAUAUGAACUGCAAAAUUUGACACCUUGUACUAAAUACCAUGUCUUAUUAAAUGCCUACACCACUGGAAGAGUGCGACGUGAUGGAAAUCCUGUGACAUGUGAUUUUAAAACAAAAGCAAAAGCUCCAAGUGAAGUCAAGGAAUUACAUGCUUUACUGAAGUCCGAUAAUACUAUAAUUGUGACUUGUCAGCCUCCUACCGACUUUAAUGGCUGCGGGGAUGGCUACUACCAUCUGGAAGUCAAAACUGGAGGUAGUUAUGUUAAAAAUGAUUCAAAAAAAGUUUGUGAAUUCUUUGUAGAAGAUCUUCAAUAUUUAACAAAAUAUGAACUUGAGGUCUACUAUAACAAUGGGGACUUUAAUGGAGCUGCAGAAAGGGUUUCUCAAUCAACAUCUUAUAAUUCUAGAGCACUGAUUGUAUUUCUGGUAUUUCUGAUCAUUGUGACAUUCUUAUGCCUGCUCUAUGUUCUCUAUAAAAUCUAUGACCUGCGCAACAAGAGGUCCAGCAAUAUGGAAGAAGAGGUUAUACUUGUUGAAAGGGAUGAUGAAAAACAACUGAUGAGUGUGGAGCCAAUCCAUGCAGAUAUUUUGUUGGAAACUUAUAAGAGGAAGAUUGCUGAUGAAGGAAGACUUUUUCUGGCUGAAUUUCAGAGCAUUCCACGGGUGUUCAGCAAGUUUUCUAUCAAGGAUGCUCGAAAACCCUUUAACCAGAAUAAAAACCGUUACGUUGACAUCCUUCCUUAUGAUUAUAACCGUGUUGAACUCUCUGAUAUAAAUGGAGAUGCAGGGUCAAAUUAUAUAAAUGCCAGCUAUAUUGAUGGCUUCAAAGAACCCAGGAAAUACAUUGCUGCACAAGGUCCCAGAGAUGAAACUGUUGAUGAUUUCUGGAGGAUGAUCUGGGAACAGAAAGCCACGGUCAUUGUCAUGGUCACUCGAUGUGAAGAAGGAAACAGGAACAAGUGUGCAGAAUACUGGCCAUCAAUGGAAGAAGGUACACGGGCUUUUGGAGAUGUCAUUGUAGAGAUCACUGAACACAAAAGAUGUCCAGAUUAUAUCAUUCAGAAGUUGAACAUUACAAAUAAAAAAGAGAAAGCCACCGGAAGAGAGGUGACUCACAUUCAGUUCACCAGCUGGCCAGACCAUGGGGUGCCUGAAGACCCUCACCUGCUUCUCAAGCUUCGGAGGAGAGUGAAUGCUUUCAGCAACUUCUUCAGCGGCCCCAUUGUGGUACACUGCAGUGCUGGUGUUGGACGCACAGGCACUUAUAUUGGAAUUGAUGCCAUGCUAGAAGGCCUGGAAGCAGAAAACAAAGUAGAUGUUUAUGGUUAUGUUGUCAAGCUAAGGCGACAGAGAUGCCUGAUGGUUCAAGUGGAGGCACAGUAUAUCUUGAUCCAUCAGGCCUUGGUGGAAUACAAUCAAUUUGGGGAAACAGAAGUGAGUUUGUCUGAAUUACACUCAUAUCUAUUUAACAUGAAGAAAAGAGAUCCACCCAGCGAGCCAUCUCCACUAGAGGCUGAAUUCCAGAGACUUCCCUCGUAUAGGAGCUGGAGGACACAGCACGCUGGAAAUCAAGAACAAAAUAAAAAUAAAAACAGGAAUUCUUACAUCAUUCCAUAUGACUUUAACAGAGUGUCACUUAAACAUGAACUGGAGAUGAGCAAAGAGAGUGAGCAUGAUUCAGAUGAAUCUUCUGAUGAUGACAGUGACUCAGAGGAAACAAGUAGAUACAUCAAUGCAUCUUUUAUAAUGAGUUACUGGAAACCUGAAGUGAUGAUUGCUGCUCAGGGACCACUAAAAGAGACCAUUGGUGACUUUUGGCAGAUGAUAUUCCAAAGAAAAGUCAAAGUUAUUGUUAUGUUGACACAGCUGAAGAAUAGAGACCAGGAAGCCUGUGCUCAGUACUGGGAAGAAGAAAAACAAACAUAUGGAGAUGUACAAGUUGAUAUGAAAGACACCCAACAAUCUUCAGCUUAUACCCUCCGUGUAUUUGAACUGAGACAUUCCAAGAGGAAAGAUUCUCGGACUGUGUACCAGUACCAAUAUAAUAACUGGAAUGUGGGUGAGCUUCCUGCAGAACCCAAAGAAUUAAUCUCUAUGAUUCAGACUCUCAAAGAAAAACUUCCCAAGAAUUCCACUGAAGGGAAUAAGCAUCACAAGAAUGCGCCUCUUCUCAUUCACUGCAGAGAUGGAUCUCAGCAAACAGGACUCUUUUGUGCUUUGUUAAAUCUCUUGGAAAGUGCAGAAACAGAAGAAGUGAUAGAUGUUUUUCAAGUAGUAAAAUCUCUCCGCAGAGCUAGACCAGGAAUGGUUCCCACGUUUGAACAAUACCAAUUCCUAUAUGAUGUCAUCGCUAGCACCUAUCCUGCCCAGAAUGGACAAAUAAAGAAAAGCAACCAUCAAGAAGAUAAAAUAGAAUUUGACAAUGAAUUGGACAAAGCAAACCAGGAUGCUAAUUGUGUUGGUUCACCUGGUGCCCUGGAUAAGGACAAUGAAGGAAACAAAGAAGAUGAAGGUAUUAAAGUCACAAGUGGCCCUGAAGAGCCAGAACAUUCUGCCAAUGGUCCUCCGAGUCCAGGUUUAACUCAAAGUGCAUAGGAAAAGACAUACACAGGACUCAAAACAUUGUAUUAAGUGUUAUUUCUAUUUUUCUAGAAGUAGGAGGACAAAAUAGAUACACAGUGGAUUAAUGAAGUACAUUGGACCAAUUUUUGAGAAGCUUUUAUUUUACUACUGUAGAAACAUAUUUAAGACAGUUUUACUAAAACAUUUGUACAGAUUUAUGCAUAUUUUAAAUUUUUACCUAUCAUUCAGCAAAAAAUAUCUUUGUAGUUUUUGCGUGUGUGUGUGUGAGAGAGACAGACAGCAACAGAAAGGGAGAGAGAGAGAGAAUGCUUUUAAGUGAAUUUAAAUGCUUUUGAGAAACUUUACCCUUUUAUUUGAAGAAAAAACACAUUUUAUACUGAACAUAUUAACUUAGUUUAAAGGACUAUUUUUUAAAUCAUAAAUUGUGUGUGGGACCUAAGAAUAAAAUGUACAUUUCUAGAAUGACCUCAAGAUGUCCUCCUUGUUCUACUCAUAUAUAUCUUAUAGUUUACUAUUUUAUUUCUAAAAUAGACAUAAAAGUAGUAUGUGUGUGUGUAGUUACUACAAGAAAGUUAACUAAAUUAACAUUUGGAAAUCUUACAUUCCAUAUGUUAGCAUUUAGUCCAUAUCUUUCAAGCUCAUUUAAUCUAAUUUAAAAUUUUCAAGCAAGCUUAUCUUGUUAUAUUCAUAUGGUGUUUAUAAUUUUGUAGCAUGGACUAUUUUUCUCUGUAUAAUAUGUGAAAUUCAUUUCUUGAUACUUUUGACCAAGAAUUAUGUUUGUUGCAGUUGAAUUU